AUGAGCGGCCUCGGCGCUUACGAUACGGAGACUCUGCUCCAGGAGGUCAGGCGCCGCUACAACUGCCUGAGCAAGCCGGAAGGUAACUUCAUCUUCAUGGGAGCUCCAGGCUCUGGCAAGGGCACUCAAUCUUUGGCUCUCCGUGACUCCCACUGCUACUGCCACCUGUCGACCGGCGACAUCUUGCGUGCCGCUGUCAGCAGCGGCGACCCCGUGGGUCUCCAGGCCAAGGAAUUCAUGAAUAAGGGCAUGCUGGUUCCCGACGAGAUCGUGAUAAAGCUGAUUGAAGGCAAGAUAAAUUCGUUUGAGUGCCGUCGCGGUUUUAUUUUGGACGGAUUCCCGCGCACUGAGGGUCAGGCCGAAGGUCUGAGGUCGAUGUUGUCGACGAUCGGCAAGAAGCUGAACUCUGUGCUGCUGUUGGAAUGCCCUGACGACGAGAUCGAGAGGCGCAUUAGCGGCCGUCUCGUUCAUCUGCCGUCUGGCCGCGUGUACCACAAGACGAACAAGCCCCCGAAGGUGCCCAUGCUCGACGACAUCACCAACGAACCGCUGACCCAGCGCAAGGACGACACCCCCGAAAUCAUUCGCACCCGACUGGAAGCCUACUACAAGCAGACUUCGCCUCUGAUCAGCUACUACGACAAGCUGGGUCUGCUGCGUCGCGUCAACGCCAACCGUCGCGAGGAGGAUGUCAAAGCGGACAUCGACGCAAUCGUCGAGCAGACUGGCACCAGACCCCAAGUGGGUGGCGGUAUGAACAAAGGCGCGACCCCGGAAGCUCUGUAUAUUUGCGUAUCCACGGCCUUGGGCGUGUCGCCUGGUGUCGUCACGCCCGUCCUUCCGCUUUCGACAGGCAAGUAUGGACUCUGGUACGCUCCCUGUGGUGAUCUGGGUGAUAGCUCAGACAGUAUCGGCGCAUCGGCGAACCCAGGCUUCGGCGUAUGGAGAUCUUGCCGUGGCCCGCUAAACCCUUUCGCAUCGCUGAAGCCACCUGACAUCGAAAACCCGCUUGGUGCAUCGCUGAAUCCUCCCACCCUGCGGAACCCGUGGGGAUCGGCGGGGUCGCUACGCGCGGCAGUAUUGACCGCCGCCGGAAUUGGCCCGUCACUGAAUCCCUUAGGCGCAGAUGUGAAUCCCAGAGAGCCUGUGCCAAUAGAUAAGGAUCGCACCACCAUCGGCCGCGAGGUGCCUCUGGCGUCGGAGAACCCGCCGGCACUUGGGGCUUCUAUCGGUACACCGGUGGGCCCGAGGAUAAGCGGCCCCGUACCCGAGGGUGCGAAGCCCUUCUGCCGCGCCAUUUCGUCGUGA